CGCCGCAGUGGUGCGUUCCGAGCCAGACGAUAGUCUGCGAGCUGCUCGAAGAUAUCAGUCCGCCUGGCAUUAUUCCGGGGCGUGAGACGGUCGCGAAACUUCCGCUACAACGAUGUAGUUGGAAAACCUCGACAAGACACUAUCCGGGAAGGUUUUUCUUUUCGUUUAUUUUUACUUAUUAUACACCCUUAUCGGUGUCCCCUCCUCAGUUUGCUUUGUUUCGGGUGUUCGCGAUUUUGUGUUUACGACAGGGCGAUUUUAAAGCCCAGAUAAAAAAUGUGCUAGUCAAGCUCUUUUAUUAUUUAUUUUGCAAUUUGUUUCGAAUGAUAAUAAUUCGGAGCGCAAUCGAUCGGAUUUUAGAUAAAUGUAUUAAUAAUAUUUUAUCUCCAUGUGUGCGUGUGUGUGUGACUUCAAGAAUUUUUUAACGCAGACGAUUUUUUGAAAAAUACUGACACUGCCUCCGUUUUUAAAUAAUUCUGAGAAAUUUAUUUCUCAACUUUUCGAACUGUAAAAAAGAAAAAAAAACAAGAAAAAUUAAUGAAAGUUAGAACUAUAUAGUUUUGGUGAAAGUCGAAGUGUCGGGAGCUGAAAACAUGCAGACGAUAGUUGUUCGAUGAGACGGCGUGAUGCGUUGUGAUCAGCUGAUCCGCUUCGUCGGGGCAUUUGGAAGACGGUCCCUGGAACAUUAGUGGAACGUUCGAACGCUGCGGAAGGCGCACCAGACUCCAGCCAGACGUCUGCCGCCAUGCAGACCAAGGGCUUCUCCACGGGGAUCGUAUACUUAUCUAUCGUCUGCUUUCUUGCAGGUGACCCGACCCUCGGAGACACCCUAUGUGCCUACUCCAAGCAGAGCGUGGUGCGAGUGUCUGUGGCCGCCAAGGGGAGCUAUGAAGAGGGGGAGGACGAGGCCCCCCUCAGGGUCAACGGGGAGCUGGUGGAGGAGGGGCAGGCCGAGCGCUGCGCCCACACCACCUUCUGCUACGCCCUCUGGCAGGAGGACUCCGCCAACGCCACUGCCAUAGUCGCCCAGGGUUGCUGGAGUGCCACUGAAUUCGACUGCACCGCAGGUUCUUGCGUCUCCAACAAGCCACCGCAGUCUGUGCACAACACCACCACCAAGUUCUGCUGUUGCUUGGGACACAAGUGCAAUGUCAACGUCUCGGAUGGCUUCGUGCCCUCCGCGGAAGCCACCACCAGCUCCACAGUGUCUGGCUACGUGGAGUCCGCCGCCUACGACACGCGGACCGUAGUGGUUGCGGUGGCGGGGAUGUGUUCCCUGGCCCUGAUGCUGGUGCUGGCCGUCUGCAUCCUGUAUCGCCUGUGUCCCGCGACCCGCAAGCCUGGCCCGGACGCCGCCCACCUCAUCGAGCCCCCCCUGCCCCCCUCCUCGCCCACCUUCAACAUCGACAGCCUCAAGAUCGCCGAGAGCGUCGGGAGGGGCAGGUAUGGUCACGUGUUCCGGGGAACCCUGUACAACCGCUCUGUGGCAGUCAAGAUCUUCGCUGCCCAGCAUCGCCACAACUACCUGAACGAGAGAUACAUCUACUGUCUUCCUUUCAUGGAUCAUCCGUGCCUUCCCAAGCUCAUCGGUGCAGACGAGAGGACCAAUGGCGAGGACAGGCUGGAGUUCCUCCUGGUUUUGUCGUAUGCCCCCCAGGGCUGUCUUCAGGAGUACCUCAUGCACCACACCAUAGACUGGCACCGCUUCUGCCGAAUGGCGCAGAGUAUAACGCAAGGACUGGCGCAUCUGCACAUGGAGAUCAGGAAGGACGACAAGACGAAGAUGUGCGUUGUGCAUCGGGACCUGACCUCUAGGAACAUCCUGAUCAAGGCCGAUGGGAGCUGCAUGCUGUGUGACUUCGGAUUUGCGAUAUGCGUGUCCGGAUCAAAGUACUACAUCAACGGAGAAGAGCAGGUGGCCGAGUCUACAUCCCUCAUGGACGUGGGCACACUGAGGUACAUGGCCCCGGAAGUCCUAGAGGGCGCUGUGAACCUGAGGGACUGCGAAUCCUCCCUCAAGCAGAUAGACGUCUAUUCCCUGGGACUCAUUCUGUGGGAGCUGGCAACUCGCUGCAGCGACCUCUUCCAAGGUGUGGAAGUGCCCAAUUACAAGGCUCCAUUCAUAGCGGAAAUUGGAAACCAUCCAACCACAGACCAGAUGCAAGUCCUGGUGGCCAAGAACAAAGCUCGACCCCUCUUCCCAGACAUAUGGAAAGACACCAACCCGGCUGUGAGGGCCCUCAAGGAGACCAUAGAGGACUGUUGGGACCAGGAUGCAGAGGCCAGGCUCACUGCACUCUGUGUGGAGGAGAGGCUCAUAGAGCUGCCCACCCUAUGGGACAGGCACAAAGCUGGAACUGCGAUCCAAGGCGUGAGUCCCACCAUCAACCCGACGUCCUCCCAGAGGAGCAUCGUCAUCGGGAACGGGGUGACGUCGGGCGGCGGCGGCUGGUUCCGGGGCUCCACCUUCGAGAUGCCGGUCAUCCGGGGCGACGCCACCAGCCCCACCAACUGGGCCUUCGAGGGGCGGCACAGCGGCGACUUCAGCGCCUCCGAGUGCACGGCCGAGACCAGCAUCGCCGCCUCCCCCGCCGACGCGACGCCCAACUGGAAGAACCUCUGUGCCACCAACAACAACAACGUCCUCCCGGGCGGCACCAAGGUCACGGUGCCGCUGCAGCCCUACCAGGGCAAGAACCCCAUCAUGGAGAGGAACCUCGUCAUGGAGCCCGCCGAGGACGUCGCCGUGAGCGGCAACUCCCUCGUGGAGAGGGGCGGCAAGUUCGGGCGGCGGGAGGGCUCCUUCGCCGACCUCUUCGACGCACUCCAGAACGGGGAGGUCUCCGAGAGCAACGCCCUGGUGCCCAACGACGUGCUGAGCCACUCGACUCGUGCCGUCAACCCGAUACCCUACGUCCAGAACGCCGUCCACGUCGUCGGGACGAUCCCCAAGAAGCCCAACGUUCCCGGGAACGGGCACAGCCUGCAGAUGGCGGACGGACACGGCACCAAGAAGCGGGAAGGCGGCAUCAUGGGCGGGUUCCGGAACCUGUUCAAGUUCCAGCGCUCCGGCCCGACCGCCGCGGGUCCCCCCGUCCCGGAAGCGCCGCCCGCGCCGGCACUCCCCACGGUCAACGUGCCGAAGCUGAACACCGUCAAGAAAGCCGGCGCCUCCAACCUCACCAAAACUCAAAGUAUGGACACCGAGGUGUUCGUCAACGACGAGUUCGGCAUGACGCAGACCGUCGUGCGCCCGGUGGCCAACAGGCAGGUCUACUGCCAGACCGUGCCGCCGGAGGCCUCGGAUCCGGACUCGGACGGGAAGGUCCCGUUCCAGAACGGAUUCGUCCAGAGCCGGACUCACCCGCAGCUGUGUUCGGAGAACAACGCGAGGAUGAAGAGACCCAACACGUUGCCGAUAGCGACGAACGGCCACGCUCCGAAAUUGUCGCAAUCCGGACGGAACGACCGUGCCGUCAAAUUACCGCACUCGGGGACGACACAAAACGGCCAUGCCGUCAAAUUACCGCACUCGCGAACGACACAAAACGGCCAUGCCGUCAAAUUACCGCCAUCCAGGACGACGGCAGACGGCAACGGAGGGAUAUUGAGGACAACGGUGGACGGCCGUGGACUGCCGCAAUCCGGGGCGACCCAGAACGGUCAUGCCGUCAAAUUACCGUCAUCGAGGACGACGAUGGUAAACGGCAGCGGCGUCAAACCGGCGCGUCCGGACCCCAAAUUACCGCAGUCCGGCAGCGAAUCGAGCGUCUCCAGUCUCCGGGAUUCGCCGAACCAGAAGUGCCGCUUCUCGCUCUACGACGACAGGGUCAUGACCCUGAAUUCCCGUUUUUUCCGGGAAAUCGAACAGACAUCCUGCAAGUUGGGCUCCCCCCACAUCUCUGCCUCCGUACCCCUGUCUAUAGACUCUCUCUGCGAAUCGGAAGUCAGCAACUUCCAUCAGACGUUUCAGAAGCAAAACUCUCAACCCAGAAUCGACGACCAGCAAUGAUUACGACUGCUGUUAACCUUAACAAAUUAUAGUGACAGACAAACUCUGGAAUCAAUCGCUUACCGUUCGAUCGUCGCCUUCUAUUUUUGUAGAAAUUAUUUAAUUUUCGAAUGGUGCUGAGAAUGGAUCUGCUAUAUAUAAAGGUAAUUUAUUAAAUAGUUGUUCAACUUUCGAUGGGUGCGACAAUUUGACGCUCAAAGUGAGAGAAUGAGUGAAAGUGGUGCGAGCUGAAGAUAAUUUGUUUCAUCCAACCAUAGUUUUUACUGUUUAUAUAUUGUCCCAUUGGUUGUUUUCUGUAUUGUAAUGCAUUUAAAAUGUCGACGUCUUACUUAUAUCACAAUGGCCAUACUUUUUUUUUUCUUCUGGAAUCAUAACUUAAAACAUUUUCACAUAAAUGUUUAUGUUUAUGAAACAUCCUUUUAAGUCUAUGCAAUUUAAGUGCAAUAUGCGGCUCAAAAAGUUCAUCAUCUCUUGGGGGAAGAAAAUUGAAAAAAAAAAUUGUUAAAAAGUAUUUUUUCUUUGCAACUGCAUCAUGUCCAUUCAGUUAAAUUAAAAUUAAU